AUGAGGAAAAGGUGCAGACGGGCUAGUGAGCAGCAGCGGGCCCGGCCAUGUCCCCGGGUGGAGCAGAAUGUGCUGAAGGAAUAUGAGAGGCUGGAGUCCCGGACCAGGGCGGCGCUGAGCAAGGCCUACCAGAAGCUCCUCCAGUUCGUCUGCCUGGGCGAGGCCGCGCCGCCCGGACCCGCACAUCUCCUAAACCGGCUUCUCACCCUGAUUGAAAAACCGCCUUUGGACCCGGUCUACAUUGGGGUCCUGGGCAGCACAGGGGCCGGGAAGAGUUCCCUCAUCAAUGCCCUCCUCCAGCAAGAACAGCUCCUCCCGGUGUCUGGGCCAGGCGCCACCGGGGCCUCCUGCAUCCUGCAGACCAGCUGCCACCACAGCCAGCACUGGGAGGCCAGGGUCCACCUCCUCUCGGCCCAGGAGUGGAAGGAGGAGCUGAGGCACUUGAGCCGGGUCCUGCAGGGGGCAGGGAGGGCGCCGCUGGGCCCUGAGGAUGGGGACGAGGACGUGGCUGAGGCCCUGUGGAAGCUGCAGCUGGUGUAUGGGCCCGGGGCCGAGCAGAGGAGCUACGAGGAGCUGCUGCGGGAGACGCCCCAGAACCUUCCCACGUCCAGGGUCAUCACCCUCAAGGCGGAGGAGGCUGCAGAGCUGUCCCGGGAGCUGGAACCCUACAUCCGGACCCGGGGCGGAGACGGGCAGUGGGAGGAGGCCGAGACCCGGCUCUGGCCCUUGGUCCAGCACGUGGAGGUGGCGCUGCCCAGAUCCCACCAGUUGCCGGUAGGGGCGGUGCUGCUGGACAUCCCCGACGUGGGCGACCUCGGCGGCAGGAGGGAGGAGAUGUGGAGAAAGACCAUCGACAAGUGCUCAGUGAUCUGGGUGCUGAGCGACGUGGAGAGAGUGUUAGGGGGACACGCACCCACAGCCCUCCUGGACGAGAGCAUCAGGGCCUGCCAGCGGGGCCUCUGCAGGCACGUGGCCCUGGUGGUGACCAAGACUGACAAACUCCACCUGGCAGAGCAUCUCAGGGAGAGAGAAGCGGGAAACGGAACCAUCCAGAGUCAGCGGGAGGCUGUUCUGGAGAGAAACAAGACCAUAAAGCGCCAGUGGAACAGGGUUCUCAGGGAGAAGCUCCAGAGGAGACUGCCCGCUGACUCCCAGCUUCUGGAAGCCCCGGACCUGGUGUACACGGUCAGCGCCCACCAGUACUGGCAGCAGACGCUGCUGGCGGAGGCAGAGACGGAGGUCCCCGCCCUGCAGGAGCACAUCUGGACGAGGCUCCUGGACAGGACGCGCAGGCGGGUGGACAAGCUCGUGGAGGACGCACGAGGCCUCCUGCAGCUCAUGGACACGUUCAGCAGCCCGGAGAUCCUGCUGCUGGAGCCCUGGCCGCUGAGCGAACUGCGGAGGUGCGCCGAAGAGGAGGUGCGGCAGCUGGACGAGGCCGUGGGCCAAUGCUUUGCACUCCUGGAGCAGCCCUUGGCAGCUGGGGUGCGGGCGGCCCGGGCUUCCUACCCACGGAUCCUGGCCACGAGCCUGACAAGGAGACAGGGGAACCGGGGCCUUUACCAGACCCUGAGAGCCGCAUGCCUGCAAGGGGGAGUCUAUGCGUCCCGGCACCUGCCGAGAACGGAUCUGAACCAGGCCCUGGCUCAGCCCAUGUAUGACCAGGUGGACCCGGUGUUUGGACGCCUCUUCGGGGCUGGCCAGGCUGAGGGCUCGGCUCUGUCACUGUGCCUGGAGGCCUUUAAACGCUCCCUGCAGGAGAAAACGAGGGAAGUGGGCGCCAAGAGCGGCCGGAGGGGCGGCGGUGGCCAGCACAGGCUCCUGAUGCAGGAGGUGAGCGCCAUCCUGGGGGCCCUGGAGGGCCGCAUCCUGCAUGGGAAGAGGCGGGUCUACGAGUCUCUCCGGGCCUCCAUGCAGCAGGACCUGAAGGCCAGCUACCAAGAGGCAGCUCAGAUCACGGGCCAGAGGGCCUGCGAGCGGCUGAAGGACACCGUCUGGCGCGGCGUGGAGCGGCAGGUGGCGGGGGGCAUGUUUGAGAGGGCACGGGACAGGCUGCGGCUCCAGUGCGUCCAGCUGCAGGAGGAAAUCUCGGAGAAGGUGAAGGGCAGCGUGGGUGCCAUGCUCACCCUCGCCGCGGCCCAGGGCAGCUGCCACUGCAUGGAGCUGCCGGACAUCAAGAGUGAGUACAAGGAGAUGGAGCGGCUGCGGCGAGGCCUGCGGGAGGUGGCCGAGGAUGCCACGCUAAGGAGGGGCAUGCGGGACUUCCUCCUGAGGGGGAGCCCAGCCAAGCCGGGCCCUCGGGGACCCAAGCUUCCCUCAGGGGCUGAGAGCAAGCUCGAGUAA